UCACUAUGUGAAAUAAUACAUUGUUUGCAAUUACUGGCGAAUGAGUUUGAUUGGUGUAUUGCAGCAGCACGUAAGAGAGAUGUAACCGAAAUCAGAAAACAACAACCCAAUAAGAUACCGGUGGUUAUUGAACGAUUCGAAGGGGAAAAAUAUUUGCCGUUGUUGGAUAGAUGCAAAUUCCUCGUCCCAGAUCAUAUCACCGUAGCUGAACUCAUGCAAAUCGUUCGCAGGCGACUGCAGCUGCAUCCAGAUCAAGCGUUCUUUCUGUUGGUGAACGAGAAAUCAAUGGUAUCGAACAGUAUGAGCAUGAGUCAGUUGUAUCAACAGGAGGUUGAUCAAGAUGGUUUUCUCUACAUUGUAUAUACAAGUCAACCGGCAUUCGGUGGUCAACAGCAUUCAAUUGUGUAA